CAUCGGUUGUGAAAUCUCUGAGUAUAACUCUAGUUAGAGACGUUGAUGGCAAGACCUUUGUCAAUGCUUUGGAUGGCAUUAUUGCUCGCUGGAUUCAGAAACGGACCGAUGAGGAAGAAUCGUCACUGUCGGCCUUCCGGAACAGCUUUCUAGGGCGCAAUCUCAAACAGGGAACAACCAUCUAUUUAACUUGGUUGGAACCCUCAAGAAUGCUGGUCUCGGUUUCGACGAAAGACCAAGGUCCAUGCCAAGUCGACGCUGAGGUCAAAUCAGCUACUGUCAGUUAUGCUCUAUAUGAUGGCUUCUUCGGCAGCUCUCCUGUGUCCCCCACUUUGAGAUCUUCCACUGCUCAGCUGCUAGAAGCUAUCCUUACAAAGUGACAUGCAGAGCAGGAUCAUGUAUGGUCCCUGAAGACAAAGUGCAGAGUGAUGAAUAAAUACCAUAUUAGUUUUCUUGGAUAAUUGCAUCUCAUAUAAUGAAUUUUUUGCAUGCAUCAUAUAAUCAAAAUUGGCGGUGCAGAUGUGUUUAUGCUUCCAGGAUUUUUCGUUUUUCCGAGAGUGUCUCGUGUAACUCAAAAUAAUACAUUUGAAAUACGAGCAUUUUGUUAGUUUGUAGGUUAAUUUUUUUUUGGCCCAGGCA